AUGAUCGCAACAACCACCAAAAACGUCAACCAUAUCGAUCGAUUGGCACUGAAGAUUCAAGCCCUGAACAAAACCAAGGAUGCCACAUCCAGAAUCCUGAUUGGUGUGUCGGGGAUCCCUGGCUCCGGAAAAAGCACCCUGGGUGAAGCCGUCGCCGCUCGUCUGAACGAGUUGGAGGGUUCUGAUGGCCAGUUUGCAGUAUGCAUCCCUAUGGACGGGUAUCAUUUAUCAAGAGCACAGCUAGCAGCAAUGCAUGAUCCAGCAACUGCUAUUCAUCGCCGGGGCGCAGCUUUCACUUUUGAUGCCGAGGGAUUUUACCGACUUGUCAAAUCUCUUCGAGAGCCUUUGACUGCUGAUUCUGUCGCUGUAUAUGCACUGUCUUUCGAUCAUGCGAUCAAAGACCCCGUUGCGGAUGAUAUUCCUAUCUUACCUGCAUCCAAGAUUGUUAUUUUUGAGGGUCUUUAUCUGCCGCUUAACCGGGAGCCGUGGAGUCUGGCUGCUGCUCUCAUGGAUGAGUCAUGGUUCAUCGAUGUUGAUCGUGAUAUUGCUCGGGAGAGGUUGAUUAAGCGUCAUGUCGCAUCUGGUAUUGUGCCCGACGUGGGGGCAGCAAAACACAGGAUUGAUAGCACAGAAUUUUUGAACGCUAAUGACAUUAUGGAGAAUCGACUACCCGUUGAUGAGUUAGUUCCUGGAAGCUGA